CACAUGUCCCGGCACGCCCCGCGGCCCCCUGUAAUCCCGCCGUUCCCCGCGGCAGCCUCACUUCCGGCCCGGGCGUUAAGAUGGCGACGCCCAUGCACCGGCUGAUUGCCCGCAGACAAGCGGAGGCAAACAAGCAGCAUGUGAGAUGUCAGAAGUGUUUGGAGUUUGGCCACUGGACAUAUGAAUGUAAAGGGAAGAGAAAAUACCUGCACAGGCCUUCAAGGACAGCUCAGCUGGCCAAAAUCCUUAAGGAGAAGGAAAAGCAACUCCUCCUGCAGCAGAGCACUGGAGAAAGUGCUGCAGAAAAGAAGACCAAGAAAAAAAGGUCCAAGAGUGUGACCAGUUCCAGCAGCAGCAGCAGUGACAGCUCAGCCAGUGACUCCUCCUCUGACAGCGAGGACUCCUCUACCUCCUCCUCCUCCUCUUCCUCAGACAGUGACAGUGAGGACAGCAACUCCUCCUCCUCCUCCUCCUCCCACUCCUCCAGCAGCUCUUCCUCCUCCUCCGACUUUGAGUCGGAUUCCAGCUCCUCCUCCAGCAGCAGCAGCAGCACAGACAGCAGCUCUGAGGAUGAGCCCCCAAAGAAGAAGAAGAAGAAAUAGCUGGGGAGGUGCAGGACUGGUGUGGAGUGAGUGACACCGCCCUCCCAGGGGGCUGGAGCACACGGCUGCCAAACAUUCAGUGGUCAACAUUUCUACUGCUCAAAUUUCUAAGUGUUUUGCGUAGUUGUUCAUAGGACAUGGAAGGUAUUAAAUGGCACGUGAGACUUA